AUGGCAGAUGACAGCUACGCGCGAGAGGAGGAGGGGUUUGAGGAGGAAGAACUCGACGAGACCAGCUUCAGGUCCGUCAAAGAUGCCGUUCUAUUUGCAAUCGACGUUAGCAGCUCCAUGCUGAAGCCUCGUCCUUCUGCCGACCCCAAAAAGCCCGGCGAAGAAUCCCCGGCAUCUGCAGCCCUGAAAUGUGCAUAUCAUUUGAUGCAGCAGCGCAUCAUAUCUAACCCCCAUGACAUGAUCGGCGUUCUUCUUUAUGGCACUCAGUCAUCUAAGUUCUACGACGAGGACGGCGAAAGUGCUGACCUCUCCUACCCUCAUUGUUACCUCUUUACCGACCUCGAUAUUCCAUCGGCGCAGCAAGUGAAGGAAUUACGAUCUCUAGCAGAAGAUGAAGCUGUGGCCCGGGAUAUCUUGAAACCUUCAGACGAGCGUGUCUCAAUGGCCAAUGUGUUGUUCUGUGCAAACCAGAUCUUUACCUCUAAGGCACCGAACUUCCUUUCCCGGCGACUCUUCAUUGUGUCCGAUGACGAUAACCCACACGGCGACAACAAGUCUCUUCGGUCAGCUGCAACUGUCCGUGCAAGAGACUUGUAUGACCUGGGGGUCACGAUUGAAUUGUUUCCCAUUUCGCGCCCCGAUCAUGAAUUCGACACAUCGAAAUUUUAUGAUGAUAUCAUCUACAAAACAUCUCCCAGUGAUGGCGAGGCGCCGGCAUAUCUCCAGCCCGAUACAAACACAUCGACUGCCCAAGGUGACGGAAUAUCCUUACUCAACUCUCUCCUAUCAAGCAUCAACUCCAGAUCGGUACCCCGGCGAUCACUCUUCUCCAAUGUCCCUCUUGAACUCGGGCCCAACUUCAAAAUUUCCGUAAAUGGCUACCUUUUGCUCAAGCGACAAGAGCCAGCACGGAGUUGCUAUGUCUGGCUCGGAGGAGAAACUCCUCAGAUUGCCAAAGGAGUCACUACCCAGAUGGCCGAUGACACUGCGCAGGCAGUGGAGAAGUCCGAGAUCCGAAAAGCGUACAAAUUUGGCGGGGAGCAGAUUUCCUUCACGACCGAGGAACAGCAGGCCUUAAGGAACUUUGGGGAUCCUGUGAUUCGGAUCAUCGGCUUCAAGCCACUCUCUGCGCUGCCCAUUUGGGCCAAUGUCAAGCACCCCUCUUUUAUCUAUCCUUCCGAAGAAGAUUACAUCGGCUCAACGCGUGUGUUCUCCGCGCUGCAUCAGAAACUCCUCAAGGACGAGAAGAUGGCCUUAGUCUGGUUCAUUCCCCGCAAAAACUCGACACCGACCUUGUCCGCCAUGAUUGCCGGUGGUGAAAAGAUCGAUGAGAAUGGUGUGCAGAAGGUGCCGCCCGGAAUGUGGAUUAUUCCUCUCCCCUAUGCAGACGACGUACGACAAAAUCCGGAGUCUACUAUGAACGUGGCCCCGGAACCACUGAUCGACACGAUGCGAGCGGUGAUUCAGCAACUGCAGCUUCCGAAGGCUGUUUACGACCCGACAAAAUACCCAAAUCCCUCGCUGCAAUGGCACUAUCGUAUUUUACAGGCUCUAGCCCUAGAUGAGGAUCACCCAGGAACACCGGACGACAAGACCAAGCCUCGCUAUCGGCAAAUUGAUAAACGCGCCGGUGACUACGUUCUCGCCUGGUCUGAAGAACUCGAUGCCCAGUCAGCCAAGAUGUUCGGCGGCACUGCCGCUACGAAGUCAACGCUGGUGAAGAGAGGCCCGAAAGAAAAUCCUGAGAAUGCGGACAAUGCGCGAGAUCCCCCAGCGAAACGCAUGAAAGUUGAGGGCGGCGCUUCCGAUCUUGACGAUGAGGUAAAGCGAAACUUUGAGAAGGGAACAGUAUCAAAGCUUACGAUGCCUAUUCUGAAGGAGUUCUUGACAUCUCAUGGUCGUUCUCCGGUCGGUAAAAAGGCCGACCUGGUGGACCGAGUAGAGCAGUACUUUGAGCAGAAGUCCUGA